CACUAUUUCCGUGUGUCAAAUUUUCUCUUUUUAUUUUGAGCUCUUAGUAAGAGAUUCAAAAUGGGUCGUCGGCCAGCAAGAUGUUACCGCUAUUGUAAAAAUAAGCCGUACCCUAAAUCUCGUUUCUGUCGUGGUGUACCCGACCCUAAGAUUCGUAUAUUCGAUUUGGGCAGGAAGAAGGCAACUGUUGAGGACUUUCCUCUCUGUGUGCAUUUAGUUUCUGACGAAUAUGAGCAAUUGAGCAGCGAGGCUUUGGAAGCUGGACGUAUUUGCUGCAACAAGUACUUGGUCAAGUUUUGCGGAAAGGACCAGUUCCAUAUUAGAAUGCGUCUGCACCCGUUCCACGUCAUUCGUAUCAACAAAAUGUUGUCGUGCGCUGGAGCUGAUAGGCUUCAAACUGGAAUGAGAGGUGCUUUUGGCAAGCCCCAAGGUACGGUUGCUCGCGUGCGAAUUGGCCAGCCAAUCAUGUCUGUUCGUUCAAGCGAUCGCUACAAGGCACAAGUUGUUGAGGCUCUGCGUCGUGCCAAGUUUAAGUUUCCAGGUCGCCAGAAGAUCUACGUUUCUAAGAAGUGGGGCUUCACCAAGUAUGACCGCGAGCGCUAUGAGGAGUUGCGCGAUGACAACCGUCUGGAACAGGAUGGUUGCAACGUUAAGUACCGUCCCGAGCAUGGUCCAAUGGCUGCUUGGGAAAAGGCGCAGCGUGAACUUUAUGCUUAAAGUUCAAUAAAUUCCUCACAUCUCUGAAUUAAAUGCUAAUUGCAAUUGUUUUAUUCAAUUUAAGGCAUUGCAGACUAAUUAAAA